AUGGCGGACCUGGUGGAGGAGAUGGGAAAGGUAAAAUGGGGGGAGAUGAAUUUGGGAGAGCAAGUUAGAACAAGGAGAAAGGGGAGAAGUAAUGCAUUCAGUCGAGCGAAACAAUUCGAGCCGGCAGGCAUCAUGCUGCUCUUAGCUUUACGGAACUCGGUCAACGGAACACAGUCAGUUUCAAUGAACAAUCAGCAAUUUGGCUUCAAGAUAAUGUGCCGGUAUCAUAUCGAAAGAGAAACUCCGAGAGAAACCUGA